AUGAAAGUAUCCCCGCGGAAUGGCACCAACGACCAUCGCUCCGACUUUCCCUCACGUUCCCGUUCUCUGCACGCACAGCGAUGCCGCAUGCACCGCGCCCGGAUGCUGGGCGGGAGUUCCUGCAUGAACGCCGGCAUCUACAACCGGGGGAACCACAAGGACUACGACAACUGGGCCGACUUGGGGAACACCGGCUGGUCCUUCGACGACCUCCUCCCGCUCUUCCUCAGGGCUGAGAACUUCCUCGUGCAUAAUAUCACUUCGAGUAAGCAUGUGAUUGGGACCAGAGAUGCAACCUAUCACAGGAGUGGCGAGCAACAUGGAUAUUUCCCGGUGUCGCACACCUACAAUUCUGAGCUCCUACCGGCAUUCAUCGAGGCGGGGAGAAGUUUGGGCUUCCCGUACAACCCCGACCACAACGGCGCCACCCAGAACGGUUUCGGGAAAGUGCAAGUGGCGGCCCAGGGAGGUGUCCGGCACAGCACGGCCAGGGCGUAUCUGACGCCUGUGAGGCGUCGCAAGAACCUCCACGUCGUCCUCAAUACCCCAGUCUCUAAAAUUCCGUCUCUUCCAGUCAUCAAGGAGCACGGACGGUUCAACGAAUUAUACCACGUUCCGCCUUCCCACCAGGUCGUGAUAGACGAGAAGACGAUGACGGCGAAGGGGGUCGAGUACCUGACCGAGGACGGUACCACGCGCUUCGUAUCGGCUGGGAAGGAGGUGAUCAUGUCGGCUGGGGCCUUUGCCACUCCUCAGAUCCUCAUGCUCUCCGGGAUCGGGCCCGAAGAGGAACUUCAAAAACAUGGGAUCCGUACCGUAGUGAACCUUCCAGUGGGAGAGAACAUGCAGAGCCACGCGGGUCCCGGCGGACUCUACUUCAGCAUCGAGAAGGAAGUCGGCUUCUUCCUCCCGCGACUAUUCACUUCGGAGUUCCUUACGCGGACCAUCCAGUUCCUCGCCAGGGGCGACGGACCGUUCACGACCGCAUCCGGUUUCGAGGGCAUCGCCUUCGUCAACACCUCCUACGAGCGCGACCCCGACUGGCCCGACAUCGAGCUCUUCUUCGGGACGCUCACGAUCGGCACCGACGAAGGACUCAUCUACCGACGGAGACUUGGGCUCACGGAAGAGAAUAAGUAUUUCACAUCGUGCCAUCGUCUUCGUCUUCCCCCCAAGGCCUGGAAAACAUACAGCGGAUUGCUUCGUAAACCAGGUUUCGAGAUUUUCCCGUACGUCAUGAGGCCCAAAAGCCGCGGGAAGGUUUUGCUCCGCAGCACCAACGUCCUCGACCGUCCGAAAAUCUUCGGGAAUUUCUUCGAUCAUCCCGACGAUGUCCGGCGAUCGAUCGAAGCCAUUCGUUUGGUGCUGAAAUUGGGAGACCAACCGUCAUUCAAAAAACUUGGUGCCAAAUUCUACAGUCGGCCCCUCCCAGGCUGCAGGCAUCUGAAACAGUUCACGGACAGAUACUGGGAAUGUCACAUGCGUCACUUCACGUUCCUCAUCUGGCAUGAUGUCGGCACGUGCAAAAUGGGGCCUCCUAGCGACCGCAAGGCUGUCGUGGACCCUAAACUCAGGGUUUACGGAGUUCAAAGGUUACGGGUCGCGGAUGCAUCCAUCAUGCCGGUGAUCACCACGGGGCACCCGAUGGGAACCUGCAUCGUCAUCGGGGAGAAGGCCUCCGAUAUCAUUAAGUCCCACUAUGAUCUGUGA